AUGAAUUUAAUACUAUUUAUUUAUUAUUCGGAUACAUGCAGAAGUGACAAGGCCAGGUGUGAUAAACUACUGGAACAUUAUAAGAAAGUACGGGAUAACAAUCGGAGAAUGGGAGCUGAGCGUAUGGCAUUUGAGUAUGAAGAAAUUGGGACUGUACUGGUUGGUGAUCCGAUAUUCGAUGACGCUCACGAUUCUGAGAAUAAGAGACAUCCAUUGCAAACGGACGGAAAACGCGGCAGAGACAGGAAAGUGAAACGAGGAACGGCACCAUAG